GGUUAGGUUUCGAUAAUGUUAGUGGUAAUAGUGCUUUGUGUGUGAAUUUCCCCGUUAUCUUAUAUUUAUAUAUGUAUAUAAUAUAAAGUGAAUAUAUAUUUUAAUCAUGAUAUAACGUAAAAAAAUAUCACCUGUGUAUUUAAAUUUAGUUAUAUUUACAUUAUAAUAUUUAGAAUCAAAUAAGUUAAAUAUCAGUGAAAAAUCAAGAUUUUAAUGUGUAACUAAAGUUUGGAAAAAAAGUUUCUGAGCAAUACAGGAAAUUAAUCGCUUGUAAAAUGAGUUUCGAAGCAGACGCAAUUUCCUCUUUUCCAAUUGCAAAUAUGGCUAAAGAUAAAAUUAAUUUAACAAAGCUUAAAGAAAUUGAGAACAAUCUUGAUCGACAAGAAAAAAUUUCUAUAAUGUUUCUCACGACACCAACAAAAAUUGUUUUGCAUAGUUAUGACUUAAUUUCAAACUUGCUGAAAAAUCAUGAAAAUUGUGUACUUUCUCAAUGGUUUUUGUUGGAAUUUAAUAAAACAAACUGGGAAGAAAAACUCUUAGAAUCUUUAUUAUUAGUUCAGAAUUUACAAAUCAUUAGGUAUUUUGGAUUCACGGAGUAUGAAGAAGAACUUUUUAGAAAACAAUUUCUAAUCAAUGAAAAAGAAGUUUCACCUAAUUUAAAUAGAGUAUUAAAGUCUCUUUACUUAUUGUGCGAAGAUCUUUGCGAUGAGGAGAUGAAGAAAGUAGUUAAUCAGUUUGGAGGGACUGAUAUUCAACAGGAGGAAUUCGAAUUGUACUUACUCUAUUGGAUUCAAACCAAUCGCAUUUCAAUUUCAGAAUUGAGUGGAAAUUUAAAGUCACUUCUAGAACACCUAAAAGCAAUCCAGUUCGAUAUCGACAGUGCACCUUACAUAAGUUUAGAAAAUUGGAAUGAAAAGGAAAGAAAUAAUGAAGUCUUAAUAAUUCCAAGAAAUAUGCAAGACAAUUUGCAAAGUUUAGAUAAUAGUUUACCGAUGGAUGGCUGUUUUACUGAAACGCAGUUUCAUAUAGAUGUAAAACACGAAGAUUCGAUUUAUGACUUUGAAAAAGGUCUUUGCUAUAUUAUAAAUGAAGAACAAUUUGAUAAGUGGAGUAAUAGACAGGGAUCACAAAAAGAUGUUCAAAAAUUGAAAGAAACUUUCGAAAAAUUUGGAUUUGAUAUUGUUAUCAAGGAAAAUUUAACUAAACAAGAAAUUUUCGAUAAUCUAAAAUCUGUUAGCAAUUACACUAAACAAGAUUAUGAUUGUGUUAUUCUUUGUAUCAUGAGUCACGGAGAGAAAGGAACAAUUGUUACGAGAGAUGAAAAAUUAGUUUCCCUUGAUAAUAUAAAAGAUUUAAUUUGUACCACUCAAUUAAAACGAGUAGUAAAAAUUAUUAUAGUCCAGGCUUGUCAAGGACAAUUUUUAGGUCACGAUACAACUGAUGGAUCUAUGUCAGAAGAAAGUUUUGUUGAUGGUGAUAAUCCUGUGAAAGGAAAAAAUAAGAUGUUAAAGGACAAUAUUAAGUUUGCCGAUUUAGUGAUGUUUGUUGCGACGAUUCCGGAUUUUAAAAGUAUCAGAAAUACUGUUCAAGGUUCUUGGUUUAUCCAAAAAUUAUGUGAGGUGCUUGAAGCUGAAGAUAGAAUUACGUGGAAAAAGUUGUCUCUUAAAGUCAAAAAUCUUGUUUCCAAUGAAAGAGGAGAAAUAUGUGAUAAUGGAAAACGAUACAGUGACAUUGUUCAAAUUCCAGAAAUUGUUGAAGAUCGGUUAACUAAGGAUUUUAUAUUUAGGAAAGUUAAUUCUAAAAUCAAACAUUUAUCUUAAGCAGUUAAAGUAUAAGAGUUAUAGCCAACUGAUUUGAAAAACGUGAGGUCAAGGAAGGUGGAUACCAAUAGGACGUCUAUGUCAGAUCCUGAAAUAUCCGUUCCUGUUAGGGGAUAUAAAAAAAUAAUUGUGUUUUUAUAAUUAACAUACCCUCAUUUUAUUGUAAUCGAUUAUUUUUAUCACACAUUGAUAAUGUUAUGAUUAUUAGCAGCUUUGUAGUGAAAUUUAACAUUGUAUUAUUUUUCCCUCUAAAUUUAAGGAAAAAUGAAAGUUCUCACUUGAUGGAGGAAUUACAUACAUUGUAAAAAAUUAUAUAUUAAUUUGAAUAUAUUUAUGAUUAAAAUAUUUUA